UCUGAUAGUAUUAAGCUUAUAUUAUUUGUAUAAAUGUAUAGAGGAAGAAGCUUAUUGUGUGUACAGGCCAUAGUGAUGGUGGUUGUUGUUGUCGUCGUUGUCGUUGCCGUUGUCGAUGUCGAAUGUUGCCGUAAUAUCGUCAUCAUCGUCAUUGUAUUAUAUUGUGCUGAAACUCGCGUAUGAUUAUAUUUGAGGAGGAAUAAAAAGCAAGAAAUACUUUUCAAUGUUUCGUUUUAUUCAUUCUUGAUUAUAAUAAGUUUUCAUACGGUGCGGUGCUUACGCGUUCGUUAAUUUACACGGUUUAUAUGAAUAAAACAAUUUUACAUAAAAUAUAUAGAAAAAAUUGGAAAUGUGUUCAGUAGUAGUGUAGUAUAAAAUUUAAAGCCAAAAAGAAAAGAAAAAAAGAAAUGAAAGUAAAUCAAAAAUUUUAGCAAAUAAUCCGCAUAAAUUGUGUCCUUCGAUUUUCUACUUAAUCCAUUUGCAAUCAUUACGCUCUCUUCGAUUCGUUAAGAAAAAAAUAAAGGAAAAAUGUUAAUAUUUCAGAAAAAAUUGUCAACUUGUGGAUAUAUUCAUGCUCAUUAAUAUAUUAACGAUCAACAGCAGCAGCAGCAUUCACAGCAAUCUUCAAUAACCGCAAAUUCGAACACUGCUCAGCAGCAGCAGCAGCAGCAGCAGCAAUCACAACAAGGCUAUCUGAGUAAUUGCUGCAGCAACAUGCCAGCUAUGCCCAAAGAGAAGGCUACAGCAGUGUCAUUGAAUGAAAGUAAUUUUAGUGAAUUAAAACUUAAAGAAUUGGCCACAUCGGCAACAGUUGCAGCAGCCACAGCCGCCUCGGCUGCUGCCAUGGCUACCACCGUAACAGUUGCGACGACAAAUGGUCGUUUGCCAGUAACCACUCCCCCAAAUGCGAAUAACACAAAUUCUUUAAAUUCAAUAACACAGCAGCACAACUUAACUACAACACGGCAACAAAGUUUAUGCGGUUGCGGUAAUGCUUCGGCCACAACAGACAGUUCCAUGCGCCAUAAAUAUAUAAGUAAUGGACAUUCAUCUCCCUUAACUGAAGCUAUGGCUGCUCAGUCGUCGUCGUCGUCGUCGUCGUCGUCUACCGUUAAUAAUAUUAACAAUACACCUCAACGAAACAGUAAUAUUUGCUGCCGCCAACGUUAUAUACAACAAAGCAACGGUUUACCAGAGUAUACUAUUACAACAGCAUCAGUAGCGGCAGUAGCAUCCUCUUCAUCGAUAUCAAAUAAUACUGAUUGUCCUACUUUAAAUCCUAUAAAUUCAGCAGCAGCAGCAACAACAGCAACAACAACUACACUAUCAUCAUCAUCAUUAUCAUCAUCAUCGUCAUCGUCGUCGUCAUCAUCAUCUGCUAUAACACCACCAAAGAAAUCGCCAAAAGAUUUCAUUUUUGGCAAAUACAUAGGCGAAGGCAGCUUCAGUAUGGUCUACUUAGCAGUCGAUAUUAAUACACGUCGUGAAUAUGCAAUUAAAGUGUGCGAGAAGCGGCAAAUUUUGCGAGAACACAAGCAAGAGUAUAUACGUCGCGAACGUGAAGUUAUGCAUAUGAUGACAAAUGUACCGGGUUUUGUGAAUUUGUCUUGUACAUUUCAAGAUAUACGUUCUUUAUAUUUUGUUAUGACUUACGCCAAAAAUGGUGAUUUGCUGCCGUAUAUAAACAAAGUUGGUUCCUUCGAUAUCGACUGUACACGUCAUUAUGCUGCCGAAUUAGUAUUAGCCUGCGAACAAAUGCAUCGUCGCAAUGUUGUGCAUCGUGACUUGAAACCGGAGAAUAUUUUAUUGGACGAGGAUAUGCAUAGUUUAAUAGCGGAUUUUGGUUCGGCGAAGAUAAUGACGGCCGAGGAGAGAUCGGCCGCGAAUAGCUUUUUGUUAAGUGGCGGUAUCGAUUUAACCAAACAACUGCGCAGUCAAUCCGGCAGCAGUGACGGCGGUGGCGAUGAGGAAUUCAUUGAAGAGGAUGAAGAUGAAGUUGAUAGUACCGGUUCCUCGAACGAUACGACAAGUGGCGAUGAUGUCGAUUCGCCACGAUCGCGUCAUUAUUUACCCCGUUAUCAUCGCAAACGUAAAGGCAGUUUUGUGGGUACGGCUCAAUAUGUAUCACCGGAAGUUUUACAAAAUGCACCCAUAACACCCGCCGCCGAUUUAUGGGCCUUGGGUUGCAUUAUAUAUCAAAUGAUGUCCGGUUUGCCACCGUUUCGCGGCAAUAAUGACUACGUUAUUUUUAAAGAGAUCAUAGCCUGUAACUUGGAUUUUCCACAAGGUUUCGAUAAAGAUGCCGAAGAUCUAGUCAAAAAAUUGUUACGCUCUAAUCCAGCAGAACGGUUAGGAGCCCAAGACACACAUGGUCAUUACGAAAGCAUACGGAAUCAUCCUUUCUUCCAAAGCGUCAAUUUUGAGACCGUACGGCAGCAAACACCGCCACCUAUUUCUCCCUAUUUACCCGAUCUGAAUAAGGAGGAGGAAUUUCGUGUUUACGAGCAUUUGGAACCCGGUCUAGAUGAUAAACAGUUGACACGUUUAUUAGGCAUGGAGUUAGGCUGUGUUAGCGACGAUGAUCUAGAGAAAACCAAAAAGACUGUUAACAAUGCAAUUAAUAAAACCUGCAAUCACAGGGCGGAUGCAGCGACAACUCAGCAAAACAAAGCGAGAGCAUCAUCAAAAAAUUCUUUUGAUUUGUCGGAUUCCGAAAAAUUUAAACGUCUAGAACAACAAAAAUUGGAUAAAUGGCAUCCGUUCGCUGACGGUGAAGUUAUACUAAAAAAGGGUUUCGUUAAUAAACGCAAGGGUUUAUUUCCUCGCCGGCGUAUGCUUUUAUUGACUACAGGACCGCGUCUGAUUUAUAUUGAUCCUGUUCAAAUGAUUAAAAAAGGCGAAAUACCCUGGACGCCCGAAUUGAGAGCUGAAGCCAAAAAUUUUAAAAUCUUCUUCGUGCACACGCCAAAUCGCACUUAUUACUUAGAUGAUCCUGAAGGUUACUCUUUGGAAUGGGUGGCAGCUAUUGAUAAAAUGCACUCGCUUACUUAUAAAGAGAAAAAUAAUAUAAUUACAGCAAUGACGACGACGUCAACGUCAGUUAAGGACGAAACUUCUGCCUCAAAAAUUCUAAAUAAUACAAAAAAUAGUAUAACAAUAACAACAACAACAACAAUGCCAAUAACAAAAACAUCAUCUGCCAUUUCAACAACAACGCUGCAUAAAACUUCAUCGCUAUUGGCAACACCGUUUACCAUCAUGAAGACAGCAUCUAACUAAAAAGUAAAAAAAAAGGAAAGAAAUAUGAAAAAAAAAAAUAUAAAUAAAUAUAAAAGAAAUUAACACCGAGUCGGCAACAAGCACGCAACACUCAAUGGAAACGAUAUGAAAAAAAUCAACAUUGUUGUUGUGUCAAAAAGGUGAUAAUGAGAAUGAAAUAAAUCAGAAAUUUAUAAAAACUAUAUAAAAUAAUAAUAAUGAUAAUGAUAAUAGCAACAAUCAGGAUACAAUUGAAUGAAUGCGAAUGAAAGGAAAAGGGGCACUUAGUGGAAGAAGCAAAGAGAAGCAGAAGAGAAUA